AUGCUGAAGGGACAUCCUAAUGCAGCGGGCGGAGCAAAGGCGGCGUCCACGUCACCGCAGCGGGAAUGGCCUCUCUGGAGCAUCCACGUGGCACUGGCGGUGGUUAUGCUGAGCAACGGCGUGUACCACGUGCUGGCCAAGAGGGCGCUGGCAGAGGGCCUGAACAACGGCGUGUACCACGUGUUGGCGAAGAGGGCGCUAGCAGAGGGCGUGCAUGCGCUCGUCUUCUGUGUCUACCGUGACGCCAUCGCUCUGCUCGCCCUGCUGCCCGCCGCCGCCCUCGCCGAGAGGCAGGGCCGGGGAGGUGGUGGGCGUGCAGCAGCGGCUGCUGGGGUGUGUGCGCCUCCAUGUGCUUACAUUGGUGCUCUCUGCUGGAUGAGGGGCGAGCGAGGCUUGGGAUGGGAUGGAUGGGUUGGUGUGUGUGAGGUGCGUGCGGGCUCGCGUUCUCUCUCUGCUCUGCACCUGUCGUGGCAUAGCUUGAGUGGGAUGGGAUGGCUCGGUGACGGCUGCAAGAAGAGUAGCGGUUGCCGGCAAGGCGAGGAGAGCGUGUGGGAGCGGCACGCAGGCAAGGAAGGGAGGGAGAAGAGAGGCGUGAGCGACCUGAACCAUGAGUCGCACCUUGGCAUGUGCGCCUCAUUCAAUCCGUCUGACCUCAACCUACCUUCCCCGCUCUGCUCUGCUCUGCUUGCAUGGCUGUGCAGGUCCCAGCAUCAUCUCAUGUCGCCCAAGCUGCUCCUACCCUUCUUUCUACUCGGCCUCACAGGCCUGGACUCCUUGAACCUGCAGCAGUGGCGCGACCAGGUGCGCCUGGUGGGGCUCGCCCUGUGCGUGGGCGGUGCCGUGCUCAUGGCUGUCUUCCGCGGCCCGCUGCUGCUGGGGGAGGGCGGAGAGCAGCAGCACGGGGACACUGCGCUGCUGCAGCAGCAGGCCGCACUGCCGCCUGGUGUUGAAGGGGCGGGUGGUGGUGCUGGUGAUGGGGGAGUGGGAGGGGGAGGAGAAGGGUGGGUGGCGCCAGGGUCAGUGGGAGCGUGGAGCAUGGGGGUGGUGUCGCUGGUGGGCAACUGCAUGAGCAUGGCCGCCUAUCUCACUAUACAGGCCACGUCCAUUGCAUAUGGCACUCGUGAACAUGCACUCAUACCAUUCCCUCUCCGCGCUCCUCUCGCCACCUGUGUGGAAGUUCUGCUCUCACACUCAUGGCUGCCAUACGUCUCCACCCUCCCCCACUCCAGCCCCCUUCCCUCUUCCCCAUACGCGUAUGCCACGUGCAUCUCUGCUCCCUCGCCUCACCCUGUGCCGGUGUUGAGGCGCUUCCCGGCGCCAGUGACAGUGACGGCCAUGGCGUACGUGGUGGGCGCGCUGCUCAUGCUGCUCAUCGCGCUGCUCUCCUCCCCGCCCUCCUGGAUCAUCACCGGCUGGCCCCUCGUCGCCGUUGUCUUUGCGCUCAGCGACAUGGUGGGCCUGACCUCACCCCACCCCACGUGCUGUGCUUGUCUGCACUUUGGCCGCAAGAGCCGCCCUUUCUUCUUUCUGUUCUGA